AUGUCUAACAUACAAAACAUCAGUAUACCCUCGCUUCCGGUCCCGGGCGAAGAGUCUGAUAGCCACAAUAUGCCAUCUCAGAUCAGCCUCCAGCCUCCAAAACGGUCUGUUUCGACGACAGAACAGUAUUUUAAUGCCGCCUCCGAAUACAUGUCUGAGCACCCCGUGAUAACUGGUAUUGGUGCGUUCGCAGCCGCGUACGUUGCCGCGGGAAUGUACAAGAAGUUCAGCUCUUCAGGAGGGUCCAAGUUUUACAAAGGAGGCUUUGAUCCAAAGAUGAACGCCAAGGAAGCCUUAAGGAUACUGGAUCUUAAGGAAAGCACGCUAACGAAGGCCAAAUUGAAAGAAAACCACCGAAGAAUUAUGUUAUUGAAUCACCCGGAUAAAGGAGGGUCGCCAUUCCUGGCCACAAAAAUCAACGAGGCUAAGGAUUUCCUCGAGAAGAGAGGCAUUAACAAAUAA